AAAGGCGCCAAAACAAUUCCCGCGCAUUCACUCUUGCAGUGUGCUUAUGUAGUUGUCUUUAUCGCAAACGUUUGUCGUAAAAUGGGGGACAGUUUGACUGAAGAGGAAAUUCUGAGGCUGCUGGAAGAAUCUGGAUCUGAAAUUGACGAUGAUGGAUUUCAAACUGAAAAUAGUUCUUCUGAAAUAGAUGGUAACAACGAGUGGUCCGAAAAUGAAAAUGAGCCAUCAGACGUAUUAGAAGAGUGUGAAGCUCCCAUUCAAAAAGGCAGAGGCAGAAUACAACAACAGCAGUCCCAAAACAACGUUGUUGAAUGGGUAAAUGACGAUGUCCUACAACAAUUACCGCUCUUUGAAGGCGUAAGUAAUGUCUUGGCACCUUUGAGCGCCGAAAGCACUGAAUUUGACUGUUGGAGCGUCUUUAUUGACGCAAAUGUCAUCAAAAAUAUAAAGACAGAAACAAACCGCUACGCUGCAGCAACAAUUUCCAAAUUGCGGAUGCAAAAUAAAAUAACUUCCAGGUCGCUUUGGGCCAAUUGGUCUGCUGUGAAGCUACAUGAGAUGUAUCAGUUUUUUGCUAUAAUUAUUCACAUGUGCCUUGUACACAAACCAAAUAUUACGGACUAUUGGAGCAAUGACCUAAUGCUAGAUUCCUCCUUACCUGCAAAAAUCAUGAAAAGAGACAGAUUUAGGUCAAUUUACUUUAUGCUUCACGUAAAUAACAACGACAAUUAUGUACGAAGGGGUCAACCAAACCAUGAUCCUAUACACAAAAUCCGACCUUUUUUUGAUAACUUUGUACUGAAAAGCAAGAACAGUUUUUCUCCUGGCGAGAAUCUCACAGUUGAUGAAGGUUUAUGUCCAUUCAGAGGGAGAAUUCGAUUUCGAGUAUAUAUCAAGAACAAACCGAGCAGGUAUGGUAUAAAAUUUUUCAUUCUAAGUGAUUCAGCAACAGGAUAUGUUUUGAACUGUGAAGUGUACACCGGUGCAGGUGAAAAAGACAACAGUGCAGAUUCAGUGGUUCCACUAGUCCACUGCCGGGCGCCGUCGCAGCAGCAGCAGCAGCAACCGCCGCGGCCACACGUCACAGAUAGCAGCUGGACUCGCAGCUACUCGGCGCCUCCCGGAGAAAAAGCAGUCAUGGAGAUCGGGGUGCGGCUGAUCGGCCUGCUGCAGCUGCUGUUGCGGCUGAUGUUGCGGCCCCUGCAGUACCUGCGUUCCCUGAGGCCGGCUCCUCGCCUGCCGCCUAUACAGAGCCGCCUGCUCUUCCACAGCGCCUCGCAGCUCGCAAAGCUCAUCCGCACGCAGCAGGUGAGCAGCGAGGAGGUGGUGCGGGCGUACGUGGAGCGUAUCCGCGCGGUCAACCCUUUUCUGAACGCGUUGGUGGAGGAGCGCUUUGAGGCGGCUGUGGAGGAGGCGCGGGAGGCGGACCGCCUGGUAGCCCAGCGCGGUGCCGCAGGUGACCUGCACAAGCUACCGCCGCUGCACGGAGUGCCCUUCACCGUCAAGGAGAGCUGCACACUGAAAGGAAUGAGCUGCUGUGUUGGUUCUGUCCCAAGAAAAGGUAUGAAGGCAGACAAAGAUGGACAGGUGGUUGCUCUAAUGAAAAAGGCUGGAGCUAUUCCAUUAGCAGUAACAGCCACACCAGAACUAUGCCUUAGUUGGGAAACAAAUAAUCUCAUCACAGGAAAAACAUGUAAUCCAUAUGAUCUUCUCAGAACCAGUGGUGGAUCUUCUGGGGGAGAGGCUGCUCUGUUAGGAGCUGGAGCAUCUGUUAUAGGUGUUGCUUCUGAUAUUGCUGGUUCUAUCCGCAUACCUGCUAUGUACAAUGGAAUUUUUGGCCACAAACCUACUCCAGGGUAUAUAUCAAUUGAAGGACAUUAUCCAAGUGCUACUAGUGAUGAGUUCAAGCACUACCUAACUGUGGGGCCACUUACACGUUAUUCUGAAGAUUUGAAACCAGUGUUAAAAGUAAUGGCUGGUGAGAAAGCAUCUGGUCUUAGACUAGAUGAGGAAGUUAACAUGAAGGAUUUAAGAGUCAUUUAUAUGGAAGAGGCAGGAUUCUCAUAUGUUAUAUUACAUAUAGACAAUGAGAUCAGAAAAGUAUUACAAAAAGCUGUUAAUUUUUUGCACAAGAAAUUUGACAUACCUGUUCAGAAGGGGAAUAUUGAAGAAAUGUCAGACUCUGUAGAAAUGAGUGCAGCUGUUUUCUUUGGAAUGCCAGGAAUACCAAAUUUAUUGCAAAAUGAAGAUAAUCCAAAGGAGAGCCAUAAUCUAUUUGUGGAAAUACUGAAGUCAAUAUUUGGUAUUUCAAAGUACUCGCCAGCAGCACUGGCCUUCUAUUUGUUGAAGGAAAUGAAUGUGUUAAUACCACGUUACAAAUACAAUGAUUACUGUGCUCAGAGAAAUGCUUUAAGGAAGAAAUUUGUGGAUAUUUUAGGAGACAGUGGGGUAUUUAUAUACCCAACCCACCCAACAGCAGCCAUAUAUCACAAUGAUUCAUACAUAAAGACUGCUGGUGUUUUGUAUACAAUGGUAUUUAAUGUCCUUGGUAUGCCAGCAACACAUGUACCACUCGGACUUAACAGUGAGGGACUCCCAAUUGGCAUACAGGUGGUCGCAGCUCCACACCAAGACAGGCUGUGUAUUGCUGUAGCACAAGAAUUGUCAAAGGAAUUUGGUGGCUGGGUACCACCACCUGAAAGCAGUUAUUAACAUAGUAUUUCUGCACAUCACAAUGUAAUUAUAUUGUAAAUAAUUAUAUAUAAUCUGUGUGUGUGUGUGUGUGUGUGUGUGUGUGUGUGUGUGUGUGUGUGUGUGUGUGU